AUGCCGAAUUCGGGAGACAUUGCCUAUGUCGAAAAACGCUCGUCUUCGUCUGCAGACGAUUUCGACCUCGACGAUGAACACAAGGAGCCAUUGCUUCCCGGCUCGGCCUCGAUCUCGCGCAGGAGGCAACGAGGGACUAUACUUGCAUGGCUGAAAGGACGGCCAAAGUCGUUGCUGAGGACUUUCCGUCGCCAACCGAGAUCUCUCCCGCGACUGCUACUCCGAUACACAUUCAUGUUUAUACUCUUCAUCCUUGUGACUACCCCGAUCUUCUUCCCGUCGUACACGCGCCACCCGAAGCACUACAAGGAUCUGAGGAAGAGGUGCCUGGUAUCCGACAGCUUGUCUGGUUGCGCCAACCUGCAAAACGAAAAGGUCUUCAUCGCCGUCAGCUUGUUUGAUCCCGAGGGCAAGAUUGCAGGAGGAGAAUGGGCCAAGAAUGUAUUGGACCUGAUCCACCUGAUUGGCGAGGACAACACUUUUCUGAGCAUCUACGAAAACGACAGCGGUGACUUGGGCACUGCUGCUUUGGAGGAGUUUAAGAAAAAUGUCCCAUGCAAACACAAGAUCAUCAGCGAGGGCCAGGUCGAUUACAACGUCUUCCCGCAUGUCACCAUGCCUGACGGAACACAGAGGUUGAAGCGCUUGGCAUAUCUGUCCGAGAUGCGCAAUCGCGCACUCUAUCCAUUGGACCAGUACGACACGGAUGCAGGGGUUGUCAAGUAUGACAAGAUCUUGUUCCUCAAUGAUGCUCUCUUUGCACCGGUAGACGCUGCCCACCUGCUAUUCAGCACGAAUGCCGGCGAAGACGGCCGAGCUCACUACCUUUCGGCGUGCUCCCUGGACUAUGAUUGGAAUCCCUUCCUCGAGUACGACCUCUAUGCGCAGCGCGACGCUGAGGGUUACUCCAACGGCAUACCCCUCUUUCCCUACUUCACCAAAAAGGGCCAGGGAAUCUCGCGCAAGGCCAUGAUCUCCCAGACGGACGCGGUACCUGUCAAGAGCUGCUGGGGUGGAAUGGUGGCUAUGCAGGCCAAGUACAUCCAGAACAUGGAGACGAAGCUGCCGACCAAGGACUGGCAGGCUGUCGCGCACCACGUUAUCAACCCAGACCACCCUCACAAUGCGACAAGGCCAGUCCGAUUCCGCUAUGAACCCGAGGUAUACUUUGACGCCUGCGAAUGCUGUCUAUUUCUUGCCGACGUCACGAGUGUUGCGGACAAGGCCGGCGAGCCGGACAUGGGCGUCUUUGUGAACCCGUACGUGCGCGUGGCCUACCGCAAGAGGACCCAACGCCUUGAGCGCGUGAUUCGCCAUUGGGAAAGGCUCAUGGCCCUGCCGCAAGAAAUCAUCACGUAUUUUUCACGGUUCCCGACCCCGAACCCCCACAGGGAGGUCGUCGAGGGCCAACGCUUCAUGGAGGAGAUUUACCAGCGCCGAGAGGGGUGGAAGAUGGUUGAGCGGACGGGACGCAACGGCAUGUUCUGCGGAGUCCGUGAGAUGCAGCUCAUCAAGGAGGGCCCGCGCAACGGACGCAACUGGGAGAACUACUACAACAUCCCGUGGGCGGAGCAGCAGUUGAACUUUCCCAUCUAA